CAUCACUCGGAGUGAAUCAGUUUUCUGGAAGUGAAAGUGUUUCUCUUUCAGCCUCGGCGUCAUUUUGUUGCUGUUCGGAGAAAAUAAUAAAACUAAAGAAAAACUGCAACCCCAUGCAGAAGCGGUGAGAUGAAUGAAGCCCAGCAUGGAGUGCUGAGUAAAAGAGUGAAAUUAAUUCCAGCAGAAGAGAUCAGUGUCUGGAGGAAUCAGCAGUGAGUCCAUGAGCUGUGUGUCCAUACACUAAUAUUCAAAAAUGGAGAGCUGUGAUCUGGACACAGAUAAUGUGACCCCACCCUCAGAAAAGCGUGAACUCCAGAGAAAGAGAUCAGACUCUCCAGAACCCAGCUGGGUCUCCAUGAAGAGUGAUGUGUCUAUGGGUCCUCCUUUUAACUUUAAAACUGGAAACCCCUCACCUGUACACAGUGAACUGCAGAGAAAGAGAUCAGACUCUCCAGAACCCAGCUGUGUCUCCAUGAAGAGUGAUGCGUCUAUGGGUCCUCCUUUGAACUUUAAAAAUGGAAACCCCUCACCUGUACACAGUGAUUUACAGAAGGCAGGAGACAGAAGAGAAAAGAUCAUCACAGAUACAGGACACACCCCAGAAUCUCCUGCUGUAAAUGAAUUCCAGAAAAAGUUCAGAUUAAAUCUGAUGAAGAAGUUUCAGUGUUUAAAUGAAGUGAUAAUAAAGCAGGAAAACCGAGUGCUCCUGAAUGAGAUCUACACAGAGCUCCACAUCACAGAGGGAGACAGUGGAGACGUCAAUAAAGAACAUGAGGUGAGACAGAUUGAGGCAGCGUCCAGGAGAAAAACAACAGAGGAAACACCAAUCAAAUGUAACGACAUCUUUAAGCCCUUAUCUGAAGAAGACGAACCCAUCAGAACUGUAGUGACAAAGGGAGUGGCUGGUAUCGGAAAAACAGUCUCUGUGCAGAAGUUCAUUGUGGACUGGGCUAAAGGGAAAGCAAAUCAGGACGUCCCCCUCAUAUUUCCACUUCCUUUCAGAGAGCUGAAUCUGAUGAAGGACCAAAAACUGAGUCUGAUGGAGCUCCUUCGUGUCUGUUUUAAGGAAACAAAAGAAACAGAAAUGUCCAUGUUGGAAAAGGUUCUGUUCAUUUUUGAUGGAUUGGACGAGUGUCGUUUCCGUCUGGAUUUCCAGAACACAGUGAGAGUGUGUGAUGUAACUGAAUCCGCAUCAGUGCGUGUGCUGCUGAUAAACCUGAUCAAAGGUAAUCUGCUUCCCUCUGCUCUCAUCUGGAUCACCUCCCGACCAGCAGCAGCUGAUCAAAUCCCCUCUGAGUACGUCCAUCGAGUCACAGAGGUACGAGGGUUCAAUGACCCACAGAAGGAGGAGUACUUCAGGAAGAGGGUCAGUGAUCAGAGCCUGGCCAAGAAUAUCAUCACACACCUGAAGUCAUUAAGAAGCCUCUACAUCAUGUGCCACAUCCCAGUCUUCUGCUGGAUUUCAGCCGCUGUUCUAGAGAGAAUGUUGGGUGAAGCAGAGAGUGGAGAGAUCCCCAAGACUCUGACUCAAAUGUACACACACUUCCUCAUCAUUCAGACAAACGUCAUCAGAGAAAAAUACUCAAAGAAGCAGGAGAGUGAUGAAGAAAUGCUUCUCAACCUGGGAAAACUGGCUUUUGAGCAGCUGAAGAAAGGCAACCUGAUCUUCUAUGAGGAAGACCUGAGAGUGUGUGGCAUUGAUGUGACAGAAGCAGCAGUGUACUCAGGUGUGUGUACGCAGAUCUUCAGAGAGGAGGUUGGGCUUCACCAGAGUAAAGUGUACUGCUUUGUUCAUCUGAGCAUUCAGGAGCAUCUCGCAGCUCUGUAUGUGCAUCUGACCUUCAUGAACGAAAAGAGAAAUGUUCUUGAUCAGAGUCGGCCCUUUAAGACAAUUUCAGAUGUACACAGGCGUGCUGUAGAUCAGACCUUAUCCAGUCAGACUGGACAUCUGGAUCUGUUCCUCCGCUUUCUUCUGGGUCUCUCACUGAAGUCCAAUCAGAAACUCUUACAUGCCUUAGUAACACAGACAGGAAGUAGCUCCCAGAGCAAAAAGGAAACAGUUCGGUACAUGAAGGAGAAGAUCAGUCAAGAUCUUCCUGCAGAAAAAUCCAUCAAUCUGUUCCACUGUCUGAAUGAACUGGGUGACGAUUCUCUCGUGGAGGAAAUCCAACGCUACCUGAAAUCUGGAAAACGAAGGAAACUGUCUCCUUCACAGUGGUCUGCUCUGGCGUUUGUGUUACUGACUUCAGCACAGGAGCUGGAGGAGUUUGACCUGAGUAAAUAUACCAGUACAGAGAAGAUACCAGAUGAGGUUCUUGUGAAGGUGAUGCCUGUGAUUGCAGCAUCCAGAAAAGCCGUGAUCAGUUGUGAUAUGAUUAAAGGGAGAAGUGCUGAAGCUCUGGUCUCAGCGCUCAACUCAGAAACCUCCAGUCUGAGAGAACUGCAUCUGACUGUGAAGACACUGGAUCUGUCUCGGAAUAAACUAGAAGACUCAGGAGUGAAGCGUCUCUGUGCUGGACUGGAGAAUCCUCACUGUGAAGUGGAGACACUGUGGUUGCGGGGUUGUGGUGUCUCAGAUGAAGGCUGUGCUGCUCUGAGUUCAGCUCUGAGAUCAAACCCCUCACACCUGAGAGAACUGGAUCUGUCCUAUAAGAAUAAUCUGGGAGACUCAGGAGUGAAGCGUCUCUGUGCUGUACUGGAGAAUCCUCACUGUAAACUGGAGACACUGGGGUUGCGGUAUUGUGGUGUCUCAGAUGAAGGCUGUGCUGCUCUGAGUUCAGCUCUGAGAUCAAACCCCUCACACCUGAGAUACCUGGAUCUGUCCUAUAAUAAUCUGGGAGACUCAGGAGUGAAGCGUCUCUGUGCUGUACUGGAGAAUCCUCACUGUAAACUGGAGACACUGGGGUUGUGUGGUUGUGGUGUCUCAGAUGAAGGCUGUGCUGCUCUGAGUUCAGCUCUGAGAUCAAACCCCUCACACCUGAGACACCUGAAUCUGACUAAUAAUAAUCUGGGAGACUCAGGAGUGAAGCGUCUCUGUGCUGUACUGGAGAAUCCUCACUGUAAACUGGAGACACUGUGGUUGCAGUAUUGUGGUGUCUCAGAUGAAGGCUGUGCUGCUCUGAGUUCAGCUCUGAGAUCAAACCCCUCACACCUGAGAGACCUGGAUCUGUCUAAUAAUAAUCUGGGAGACUCAGGAGUGAAGCGUCUCUGUGCUGUACUGGAGAAUCCUCACUGUAAACUGGAGACACUGGGGUUGUGUGGUUGUGGUGUCUCAGAUGAAGGCUGUGCUGCUCUGAGUUCAGCUCUGAGAUCAAACCCCUCAAACCUGAGAGACCUGAUUCUGUCUCAUAAUAAUCUGGGAGACUCAGGAGUGAAGCGUCUCUGUGCUGGACUGGAGAAUCCUCACUGUAAACUGGAGACACUGGGGUUGGAUGGUUGUGGUGUCUCAGAUGAAGGCUGUGCUGCUCUGAGUUCAGCUCUGAGAUCAAACCCUUCAAACCUGAGAUACCUGGAUCUGCCCUUUAAUAGUCUGGGAGACUCAGGAGUGAAGCGUCUCUGUGCUGGACUGGAGAAUCCUCACUGUAAACUGGAGAAACUGAGGUUGUGUGGUUGUGGUGUCUCAGAUGAAGGCUGUGCUGCUCUGAGUUCAGCUCUGAGAUCAAACCCCUCACACCUGAGACAACUGGAUCUGUCUGAUAAUAAUCUGGGAGACUCAGGAGUGAAGCGUCUCUGUGCUGGACUGGAGAAUCCUCACUGUAAACUGGAGACACUGUGGUUGCGGUAUUGUGGUGUCUCAGAUGAAGGCUGUGCUGCUCUGAGUUCAGCUCUGAGAUCAAACCCCUCACACCUGAGAGAACUGAAUCUGAUUGGGAAUGAAAUAGGAGACUCAGGAGAGAAGCUGCUUUCUGCUCUUAAGGAUGAUAAACAUUACAAACUACAGACACUCAGUUUCAGUGUGUGAUGAACAUCUGUGUGUGUGAUGAAGACUCUGGUGUUCCUGCAUUUCCAUGUUGAGGAACAGACAACACAUUCAUAAACCCAUCAGUCAUUUAGUUCUAACAAAUGAAAGAGACUCGGAGACGUGGUUAGUGGAAGAGGGAGCUGAAAUGGACAGGAACAGUUUCAGGCCCCUGAGGAGACUCUCACUACAAGGCUUUUACUUCAGUAUACACUGCUUUCAGUAUUUUUGCAUAAUUCUAAUAGUGAAAUACACUUUGAAUAAAUAUAUAAUUAUAUAAUGUAAUGUAGAUAUUUUUGUUGUAUGAAGUUUAUGUAUUUAACAUGAAUUUUGUAGCUCAAUCCCUCCGAUUCUCUAUUCAGACCUAAAACUGAUUCCUCCACUGACUACUGCAGAAAGAAAAUGUUUCUCAUGAAGCAGAGAUGCUUUGGUGGGCUUUACUUCGCUUGCAGAUCAACAUCAUGCCUUGUGCUUUAGGGAUCGUAUAACUCUUUAGUCAUGAUAUAAGAAAUAAAACACUGUGGGUGAUGUGGUGUUGUAGUAAAAUAAUUAAUGACCGGGUGGUGUGAUGAAGCAGAGUUACUGCUAUACACUGAUUGCUGAUUAUUUUCUUAUAACCGCACAUCCCAAAGUGGUUUUUGUUGUUGUUGUUCUACCACUACAGUUUAUUAUUCAUAAUUUUGUUUUAAAGAAUGACAUUUUUAUCUGUUUAAACUUGUUUUUCCCUUUAUUGACUUUUGGUAUAAUCUGCAUUACAAAAUAAUUGCACUUGUAAAUUAUACGUUAGGUUAAGUAACAUGAAGGACAAUGAGACAACAGUAUACAGUACAACAAAUGUGACGGAACAAAAGAAAACAACAAAAAUUCAUAGUAUGACUAAGUUUUCACAGGUCAACCUGUGAAAAAACAUUUACUGCGUUUGAAAUGAGUUAUGUGAUGUAACUGAGAAGUGGAUAGUUACCGUAUUCUUUCGAUUACGUUCAUUAUGUCUUAUAUUAAAUAUAGUUAGUUUUUGUUUUUUUCUUUUUUUAUCAGACAUCUAAUUUUUGGGUUUGUUUACCUGACAUGUUUCGACGUACAACUUCCGUCUUCCUCAGAGUAGGGAAAAUCACAUUAUGGACUGGGGGAAUGCCAGAGUCAUCCGCACAGAAGAUAACAAACAUCAGCGCUGGAUCAGGGAGGCCAUGGAGAUCCGUAAGCGAAGCCCGAGGACCAUCAACCGGGAUGAGGGAGCAUACAUGCUCUCCCAUACCUGGAGUGACAUCUUGCAGGGGACGAACACAGGGGCGCAGAUACGUUUUUUGAACUGGGGGGGACAAAGCUGCCAGCAAACCAACCCCACCCCCAACAUGUGUUGUGCGAGGAAUAUACUCUGAUGCCCUUAAAACUGCCUUCUGAGCACUGUAUCUACAGGCUACCACCGAAAGAAGGAGGCUACCAGAAAGGCAUCUCUACUCUGUAUGAUUUUACUUUCACUACGACAUUACUUUGAACAGACUAUCAAAAAAUUGCAAGGUGAUAUGAUAAAGUAAGGCACAGUUUACUUACAGUCGUUGUUUUUGAAAAAACGAUGCAAUCGUUUUCUGCCUUUUCGGUUUGGCACCCUUCAUCAUGCCGUGCUGGGGUCCUGAACUAGGAGCUGUCCCCGAUAUGCCUGUCAAACUUGUUGUAGGUAACCAUAGCAACCAAGCUCGAGCUCGCAACCUGUGCAGUCUGCGCAGCUCAACCAACCGAAUAUCAGUCUUUGUUUUGUUUUAUGUGAGUUGUUGCAACUAUGUAUGUACUGCUGUGCACCUCAAUAAACCGAAUGGUAAUU